GCCUAUUAGAGCUAUUGCACCGCUCAGUCGGACCAUUGCUCACUACAAAAUGAUCCCUUUCGCCAGCUCUCUCCAACGGGUUUGCCCGCUAAGGAUGUGCUGCACCUCCGGCGCCGCUGUCCGCUUUAGUUCUAAUGCACCUGAGCUUGGUUUUGUGAAAGAAAACUCGGAAGGUGAUCCCAACGAAAGCAAAAGGUGGGGAGGUAAAAACGCAUGGAAGUUGGGGUUUCUGGGACUUUCGCUUUCUGGUUUGUUUAGUAUCGGCUUCGCAGUUGCUCUUUGGGGCCCUCCUGAAAAGGACGAAAACGGGAUAACGAAAAUCGAUGCAUAUUCAAAGAUGAAUCCUGUGUUGGCUUAUGUUUGUCGCACGUGGAAUUCAGUGUUGGAUUUCAAUCAGAACAUCAAAGAUCCUGUUAGCGAGCGCUUGCUUCCCGACCCCGUUGAACCGCCUUACUAUCAACCACCCUAUACACUUGUACUUGAAAUCAAUGACGUUCUCAUUCAUCCUGACUGGAAGUUUCGCUCUGGAUGGCGUUUCAAAAAGCGCGCAGCACUCGACCUAUUCCUCAAACAGCUCUCCCCCUAUUAUGAAGUGGUUGCCUUCACCAGCGAAUCGGCAAUGACUGGAGGUCCGGUCCUGAUGCAAAUUGACCCAACUGGACAGUUUAUUCACUAUCGUCUUUUUCGUGAGGCAACUCGGUAUCGUAAUGGGAAGCAUAUUAAGGAUCUUUCCUGUUUAAACCGAGAUUUGUCUCGUGUAAUAUUAAUUGAUUGGAAUCCGGAUGCCGCUAAGUUGCAGCCCAGAAACGCUCUGAUUAUCAAGCGAUGGCGAGGAGACGACAGUGAUCGAGAAUUAAUUGAUUUGGCUGCCUUCUUGCGAAUGCUAGCGAUGGGCAAUGUAGAGGAUGUUCGCCUGGUGCUUGACUUUUAUCGUGAAUCCGACGACCCUCUGGCUCUCUUCCGCGAACGACAUGAACAACUGAUGGAUGAACAAGCAAAACGAAAAGAAGAAAUUGAAAAAGCCCUCCUCAAACGCCCGCAGCACGGAUUUACGUUUUCAGGCAUGACUCGACCAUAAUUUGCCACACAUAUGUCAUAUGAGCUCCAGUGGUAUCAUCCUGCUUCAAUGUCUUGUACAGUGGCUUUCAAGCUUUGUUUGCCAAAAUCUGCCGCAUUGAAACGCUUAUUUGCUACUUAUUUCUUGUUCCUUGUAACAUAUGUCAGCCGUAUUUUAAAUUUGUCACCAAGCCAGUCCUCACUGUUGCAAUUCCUCAACGCGUUACUGUUGAGAAUCC